CAUAAGCCUCUUCACUUCUCCUCAGAGAGAUCAGCUUUGCAUUUUUAUUUCGAAUCAAAAUUAUUUAUUACUGAAAACGGUGUCGUUUCGUGUAAGGAUGACGGUUUUGAAUAAGGAAAUUGAGAAAAAGAAGAAGAAUAUCAUCGAAAAAGAAGAAGAGUAUUCUCGAGAACCUUCGAUCGAUCGGGUAUUGGUGAUGAAAUCCAAGGGGAAUAUGAUUUGUUCGGAGGCGGGAGAAAUUACGGAGCAAGAGAGCGGAGAAUCGUCGGAGGAAAUAGAGUCGCCGAGGUCGGUGGGAGGGUUUAGUGGGAGGAGGAAUAAGCAGAAGGAGUUGGUACACAGUCAGAUUCUGAGAAUUAGAGAAGAGGAUUUGCAUUUGGGGGAGGAUUUAGGUGAGAGUAAUAAUAGUAACAUCAGUAUCAAUAAUAGUGGGUUUUCGUUGAACGUAGUGGUUUUCUCAAGGCCGAUCUUACCAUGUUCACCUCUCGGCGGAGGAAACCCUGAUAAAAAUGUCAGGGCUUUGCACUGAAGACAUCUUUUCAACAAAGG